GUUGUCAUGGCAGCAUCAUCGAUAUUGUUCCUGGGACUGCUUGCAUAUUUCGCCGAUAUGAGUAGUAGCAGAAGAGCUGGUAUAAUAACGACCUGGCUGGGUAUUCAGGAAGAAGGAACCCACACCAUUACACUCUCCACUCAUCGCAGGCUUCUUGGAGGGAGUGCAAAGAAGGAGGUGAACAGGAUGUGGGGUGACCAGAAAUGUAGGAAGGAAGAUAUAGUGAUAAGGCAGGGGUCGACGGCGCCGCUGGCGAGUGGGGUUCCGACGUACACGGUGGAGGUGACCAACAUGUGUGGGAGCGGGUGCGAUAUCUCCGGCAUCCACGUCAGCUGUGGGUGGUUCAGCUCGGUGCGUCUGAUAAACCCCAAGGUGUUCAAGCGUCUUCGCUACAAUGACUGCCUCCUCAAUGACGGCAAAGCCUUAGCCGUCGGCGCUACUCUCUCCUUUCAGUACGCCAACACCUUCCUCUAUCCUCUCGCCGUUUCCUCCGUCUCCUGCGCUUGA